AAGUUGCAGCCACUCAAUUUAUUCACACAAUUGGGAUAUCCAUGCUUUACUAAUACCCCUUCCAUUGCCUCACCACCAUCAUCAAAUCGCCCCCAAUGGAUGUUUCUUCGUGGCUUUCUCACGCAGCAGCAGGGAUGCCCACUCUCGCCAUCCUCCUCCUCCUCCUCUCCCGCCGCCUCCGCCGCCCAAAUCUCCCGCCGGGACCCAAGCCUUGGCCCCUCAUCGGAAAUCUCCACUUGAUGGGUUCUCUGCCGCACCAAUCCAUUCACCAACUCUCCAAGAAAUACGGCCCCAUCAUGCAGCUUCGUUUCGGCUCAUUCCCUGUGGUUGUUGGCUCCUCCGUCCAGAUGGCUAAGCUUUUCCUCAAAACCCAUGAUCUUAACUUCGUGUACCGCCCCAAAACCGCGGUUGGAAAAUACAUGACUUAUAAUUAUUCCAACAUAACUUGGUCUCAGUAUGGGCCUUACUGGCGUCAGGCUCGGAAGAUAUGGUUGUUGGAGCUUUUCAGUGCCAAGCGACUUGAUUCUUCCGAGUACAUCCGAAGGGAAGAAAGGAAUGGGCUGCUUAAACAAAUAUACAAUUCUUCUGGAAACCCCAUUAAGCUUAAAUUGUACUUGUUUACUCUGAGUUUGAAUGUUAUUAGUCGGAUGGUGCUGGGGAAGAAGUACACGGACGAGUCGGAGAAUGGCAUCGUUAGUCCAGACGAGUUCAUGGAAAUGAUGGAUGAGUUGUUCUUGCUGAGUGGUGUGCUAAACAUUGGGGAUUUAAUACCCUGGAUUGAGUUCUUGGAUGUGCAGGGGUAUGUGAAGAGGAUGAAGGCAAUAAGUAAGAAAUUUGAUAGGUUUCUUGAACAUGUGUUGGAUCGGCAUAAUGAAAGGAACAACACCAAUAGAAUUAACCAUUUCUUUGUUUCCCUCCAUUUUAAUAUAUUUUGGAUCGUGGUCAAAUCCAUGGCACUCACACUUACUUUGAAGUACUUUCAGGAUCUUAUAGCAGGUGCAACUGAUACCUCAACAGUGACAGUGGAAUGGGCAAUGUCAGAGCUUUUGAAAAAGCCAGAGAUUUUAGAGAAGGCAACAGAAGAGCUUGACAGAGUGAUUGGAAGGGAGAGAUGGGUAGAAGAGAAAGACAUUGUGAAUUUGGAAUACAUGGAUGCGAUAGCAAAAGAGACGAUGAGGCUGCAUCCUGUGGUACCAAUGUUGGUGCCCAGAUUGAGUAAUAAGGACUGCCAAAUUGCAGGCUACGACAUACCCAAAGGCACGAGGGUGUUGGUGAAUGUGUGGACCAUUGGGAGAGACCCUACAGUGUGGGAGAACCCAGAUGAGUUUAAUCCAGAGAGGUUCGUGGGGAAGGACAUAGACGUGAAAGGGCAGGACUUCGAGCUUCUACCGUUUGGGUCUGGAAGGAGGAUGUGCCCUGGGUAUAGUCUUGGUCUAAAGGUUGUGAUGUCGACUCUAGCCAAUCUGGUGCAUGGAUUUACGUGGGAAUUGGGUGGAGAUUUGAACAUGGAGGAAGUGUUUGGCCUCACAACUCCCAAGAAAUUUCCACUCCUGGCUAUUGCACAACCUCGCCUUCCGCCUCAUCUUUACUCUUGUCUGAUGGACUGAGUUGGUGGUGUCUU